CGUGAAGCAUGCGAACUGAGAUCCCGGGAGGUGGGGAUUAGCCAGGAAAGCUCCAGGGAGGAUGUAUGAAUAAAUUUAGGGGCUAGCGGAGGUUGGGGGACCCUCUUGACCCCUCUAGAGCCAGGGUGGUGGUGGCCUUGGGGCCAUGGGGUGAGCGGGCGGACGAGGAGAAAGAGGAAAGGGAAGGCGAAAUGAGGGGUCGGGUUGCCGGGUAUGAUUGCUGCGGAGGACUCGGGAAUGUGGAUAUUUAUAAGGCAGAACUUUCCGUUAUGACCCGGCUUCUUGGCUACGUCGAUGUCACAGAUUUCAGCUUUGUGGCUGCUGUUCUCUGCAUCAUUUUCAAUCCCCUUUUCUGGAACCUGGUUGCAAGAUGGGAACACAAAACACGCAAGCUGAGCCGUGCCUUUGGGUCUCCCUAUCGGGCAUGUUACUGCCUGGGCACAACUGUCCUGCUGCUGAACUUCCUCAGGUCUUACUGCUUUACCCAGGCCAUGUCGAGCCAGCCGAAGAUGGAAGGGUUGGAUUGCCCGGGGGCCUUCUAUGUAGGUCUUGCCAUCCUGGGAGUCGGCAUCGUCUUUGUGUUCUCCAGCUUCCUUGCCCUUGGAUUCAUUGGGACGUAUCUAGGUGAUUACUUUGGAAUCUUGAAAGAAGCAAGACUGACAACAUUCCCAUUUAGCGUCUUGGAUAAUCCCAUGUACUGGGGGAGUACAGCCAACUAUCUGGGGUUGUCAAUCAUGAAUGCCAGCCCUACAGGACUGCUGCUGACAGUCGUUGUAGGCCUCACCUACACAGUCGCCAUCUUGUACGAAGAGCCUUUCACUGAGGAGAUCUACCGGCAAAAAGCUCAGCAGCUAAAGAAGAAGAAGUAAAUAACACCAGCUGAAUGUGUGUUGGAGAAUGGGUAGUGGACGAAGUGGGGCGGAACGCGUUGCUGGGAGGCUGACUCUCUCCCCUACUUCGUGGGUUGGAUUCGUUUUCAAUGAAAUGUCCUGGUGACCACCUGGGUCCUCGGCUCCAGCCUUUCUCCUCCCCACCCCCAGGGGCUGAGGGUGGGGAAAUCAGGUGCCUUUUGAAACUGCUGCUGCCUGGGGACCGAGGAGGGUCCGCCAUUGCUGUGUUCCCUCACCCGCCUACCCCCAACUUCCCAACUCAAUAAAAAGGAAAUGGCCUAAUUCAGA